UGGGUAGUCCAUUUAUUAGCCACGGUAGCUCAUAUCUCAACGACCUCCCGCCAUAUACAUUGUUUGCUAAGUAGAGUAAAUCUUGGCCUCCCAGCAUAAUAGAUUUUGGACGCGAUAUUUGCAAAAAAUAUAAACCUUUUUCGUAUUGCAUAAUACCAUUCAUUAUACGAAUUACGAAUAAACUUCUCGGUAGUUACAAGUUGGUCAAACAAGAAUCCAAUAAAAGACAAGUGUCUUUGAAUAUCGCGAUACAAGGCAACAUGCUGCUUCUAUGGUUCAUCAUUUCAGUCGGGAUUGGGUUGCACUUAUGUUUGGAAAUCUCGUAUCCUUGUAAUGAUAAUGAGUUGGAAGAAAAGUUUGGCUGCGACAGAAUCUGUUCAGCUCGAAGCGAACCUUGUACUAUCAUUGCAAACGAUGAUUCGAAUAAAUGUUUUUGUGCUUUGGGAUUUUUCAGAGACCACAAUGGAAAGUGUGUGCUUGCCAGCGAUUGUUCUCAAUCUGAUACCACAACCACCACGCAUUAUUUAAUGAAAUGUGGUUUACACCAAACAUAUAAAACAUGUGAGCCCUGUGAGAAAACAUGUGUGGAGCCCAACCCAGUGUGUAAAAGGAUUUGUGUGGAUUCAAACUCUAGCUGCGAGCCAGCUUGUAUGACCGGAUGCUUUUGUGAAGAUGGGUAUUUUAAGGCCCCCGAUGGGCGAUGCGUUCUUCUAGAUGACUGUCCUAAAGCGGAAAUAAUGAGUGUCGCCAACGAGCCCUCAAUCGAAGAGUGUCAGCAAGACGAGGUGUUUGUAUGGUGUGGGUGGUGUGAAGCGACAUGUUCACAACCCAGCCCCGACUGUCCACCAGACGUGUGCACGCGAGGGUGUCUGUGUCGUCCACCUCUAUUGCGGCACAGGAGUGGACACUGCGUGGAAAAGAGGGACUGCUUCGGACACACAUGCCACGAUCGUAACGAGGAAUAUGUUUGUCGGUAUGGCUGUGAACCAAGUUGCGAGCGCCGGGCGUGCUUUCGUCAACGUCGCUGUUCCUUGGGAUGUCAUUGCAAAUUUGGACUGUUAAGAGAUAGAGAUGGAAAAUGUGUAACAGCCGAUAAAUGUGAAAGAAAUAUUACUAUGAAUAAUAUUACUAAUACUCCGCCUUUCGUAUAAAUGUAUAAAAUUAUAAAAUGUGUUUAA